UGGGUAGAUUGCCCAGGCCUGCUGAGCCAGAUUGGUUGGCCGCCCUCUAUAAAUUACUAAUUUUUUUAUCUCACUUGGUCCGUGAAUCCCCCGUUGUCUUCCUCCAUUGUUAACAUGGCAGCAGACUUACCUUCCUAUACAUCGUAUACAGACUCUGGAAAUACUUCGAGAGCUCCUUCAACAUAUUCUGUCAUAUCGUCUGACCCCAGCAGCUAUGUAAUUACCGAUGAAACAAAGCCACUGCUGCAACCUGCAUUGCGACCAGAAAACGGCAAUAAUCGUACAGCAUCGACAAACAAUGGGACAGCUUCCCCUUUGAGCUCGGUUAUUAACCUCUCAAACACUAUUCUUGGAACAGGAAUGUUGGCCAUGCCCUCUGCCGUAGCCUCGGUCGGAUUGAUCCCAGGCAUGUUUGUCAUUGUAUUCUCUGGUAUAACCUCAGCACUUGGUCUUUACUUCCUCUCCAAAGCUGCUGCUCGAACGGAGGGCCGUGAAGCGUCAUUUUUCGCAGUCUCACAGCUCACAUGGCCAUCAGCUGCCAUAUUUUUCGAUUUGGCUAUUGCCAUCAAGUGUUUUGGAGUUGGUAUUAGUUACAUGCUCAUUGUGGGUGAUCUAAUGCCACAGAUAAUUAAAACCAUCUUUAAUCCAAGUGAGGAAUUGUAUUAUCUGUUGGAUAGGCGGAUAUGGAUCACCGUCUUCAUGAUCACCAUUGUUGGACCAUUGAGCUUUUCAAGAAAACUGGAUUCGUUAAAGUAUACUAGUGUCAUCGCCUUGUUCGCUGUUGCUUACUUGUGUUUGAUCGUCGUAUGGCACUUUGUCAUUCCCAACUUUCCAAGUGCUCCACCUGAAGAAAUCGAGCUGGUACACUUUUCGACAAAGUUUUUUACCAGCUUGCCUGUCUUUGUUUUCGCCUUCACAUGCCAUCAGAAUAUAUUUACUGUCUACAACGAGCAAAAAGACAAUAGUCAAAAGAAAAUCAACACUGUCAUUGCUACCUCCAUCGGCACUGCCAUCUUUUUGUACGAGGGUAUUGCGGUUAUGGGUUACCUCAGUUUCGGCAAAGCUGUUAUGGGAAACAUCAUUCUUGAGUAUCCAGCAAGUGUGUUUGUCACUGGUGGACGUAUAGCCAUUGUGAUUCUCGUUUUACUCAGCUACCCGCUACAGUGCCAUCCAUGUAGAAAUUCGCUUGACAAGGUCUUAUCGUUUGGCUCAGCUCCUGUCGAUGAAAAUGGUGUGAAAAUUCUAUCACCGCCUUCCACUUCAAAGUACCUUGCCAUGACGAUCGGUAUUUUGAUUGGUACGUUUUUAGUAGCCAUCACCAUGACCAAGCUGGAUUUAGUGUUGGCAUUUGUCGGAUCGACUGGCUCCACCGUCAUAUCUUUCAUUUUGCCUUCUUUGUUUUACCUCAAGCUACAUGAAGAUAAGCCUUGGUCAUAUUCCAAAAUCAUAGCGUUACUGUUAGGUAUCUAUGGUUGUUUGGUAAUGGUGAUCUGCCUCACGUUCAAUAUCAUGCAUGUUGUCAACCCUCCUUCACAUUAGACACAUCAUGGUCCUCAAUUGAUUGGAACUGUAUUGAUCCAAAACACUCGAGGCGGAGCAAUUUGCCUUUGCUCAAUGUGAAAUGCUUUUACGCCUUACUACUUUUUGACGAAUAGAAUAUCAGUCAUCGUCCUGGUUUUUUUUUUUUCCUACUACUUCUGACAUAUACCUUUGUACAGUACAUUCAAUAAAUUGUGUGGUUGACUUUGUUCUUAGAGAUCACUGAAACAUUG